AAAAUAAUAAUUGUUGAGCUGGUCCAAGAUAUUCUCACGCACGUACUCGUAUUAUUGUUUACUGGAGUUGAACGACUUCUUGUUGGUUUCUGUACCGGUAUACUCUUUUGGAGUGAAAUCUUCUCUUGACUCAGCUGACAGCAUGUAAAAGAAGUAAAGUGCUGCUUCCUAGAUAUCGACGUGGUGAAGUAGCAGUUGGCUCUUUGUCGUAAAUGGUGACAUGUCAAUUGUGAGACAUUUGCUGUUUUCAAUGAAAUACCGACGCGUAGAAUGUAUGAAAAGUACCCUGCUGGUGCUGGCUGUACUUGUCCUGUUUCAAGUGUCCAUAUGGAGCUGGUACAAGGGAAGAGAGAGGGAGGACCUCCGCCCUGCGAUGUCAUGGUUAGAUGAGCGGAUGGAGAGUUUAGCCAAUGAGAAACGGUCUGCGGAGGAAGAGGAGCUCUUUCAAAGGCUAACGUUUGACUAUCGGUUGAGAUCUUCCCCACCAAGUGAGGAAGAAGUAGAAUUGCACCGUCACCAAUACUCAAUCCCUAACUGUGAUGAGACACAAUGGCAGAAAGAAGGAGCUUCUGCUGGUCGCUGCCCGUAUCGCACCGAGACGCGCUUUCCCAUCCUUCUCUGGUGGACACAGGCAACAUACCACAAGCAUCUCAUUCGAAGGUGUACGUAUGGUCGGUGUGUCUUCACGCAGAACCGCCGAGAGCUGGGAAGUCCCCGCACCAGAGCUGUCCUGUUCAAAGGUCGCGGACUAGAUGCUUACGAUGUGCCCUUACCGCGCAAACCGAAUGUGGAAUGGUUUCUGUUCCAUGACUCUGCGCCACACACGGCACCGGUUUUAUACAGUCCUCUCGCCAUGCGCCUUUUCAACCUUACUGCUACCUUCAGCCGCUUUUCUGACUUUCCUCUGACUCUUCAGCAUAUCCAUGACAUAGAAUCUCUGAAAAGCCAUGCUUGGAUGACUAGCCUGGCCGAGAAGCAAGCAGCAAUAGACAAGGGAGGUGCCCUUGUUGUGUAUGAUACAGAUGAAUGCAAUGUGCCAUCCGAUCGUGACAACCUUGUUCGGCUUCUCAUGGAUUUGAUGCCGGUUGAUUUCCUCGGUAAAUGUCCCAGCUUGGACUCGCAGAACAAAGCCAAGAGUAGGCGAAAGGAGCUGGCUGGCUGGGACAAGAUUAGGGAGUUUGCUGUGCACAAGUUUGCGCUUGUGUUCGAGACCGACAUCUGCUCUGACUACAUCGGUGAAAGCUUAUGGACUGCGCUUUCCUGUGGCACGGUGCCAGUGUACUUUGGCGAUGCCGAACGUCUGCAAUCGCUCUUGCCACAUUCGAAAGCAGUCAUACUUGUUAGUGACUUUCCGUCGCUGCCGGACCUGGUCAAGCACUUGAAGAAACUGGAUUCGGACGACGAGCUGUACCGCCAGCAUCUUGGCCACAUAGUCAACAAGACUGUUAGCCAUCAUCUGCAGCGGCUGUUUGCCUUGAGGAACUAUGGUGGUGAGACAUCGCCCCUGCAGGAUGCCCUUGACGGAUUCGAGUGCUUUGCUUGCGACAAAGUCUAUGAACAGCUUCUAUCAGUUGCUUACUCAAAGCCGGUGAAAAGCCAUCAGGCGAACGCCACGCACUUUUCGUGCCACGAACCGCAGCCGUAUUCGCGCUCGGAAUCCUAUUCGUGGCACAAACGCUGGCAGGACGGUCGGCACACUGGUGAUGCACUGUACGAAAUGGCUCACACGCCGGAGACUAAUAGUAGCCGUUUAUCGGCCUAUUUCAAGCACGGGGAGGUCGAGAACUGACACUACAACAUUCUGCUUUUGCCACAACGAUGGACACAAUUCUCCGGAUCAUGCUAAUUAUCAUUUCUCAUGCUUUUGUUUCCCUCUUUUUUAAUAUGAAGAAAACUUUAAAAUUAAGCAAGAAGCUGGCUUCUUGCAACAUGUAGUGAGCACUUUUUAUAACACACAUGAUUAGAUACAAAAAUUCAAAUACUUUUUCUCCUGUCUUUGGUGCCUUUAUAAUGUGACCACUCAGUUCCUGGCCUGAUCUGUAAAGCCGCCACAACUAACUUGCACUUGUCCAGAUGACAAGAGGCUGCAGGAGAGAGAGAGA